AUGAAGAUCUCCUGGAUACGUAAGAGAGAUUUGCAUAUCCUGACGUCAUCGAUCCUCGCUUACACGGGGGACGCAAGAUUUUCCGUUAAGCAUCCCGAAUCAUCCGACGAAUGGACGCUGAGGAUCGAAUAUAUUCAACCACGAGACGCUGGGAUUUAUGAAUGCCAGGUUAACACCGAGCCCAAAAUGAAUUUAGCCUUCAUGUUAAAAGUCGAAGAAAGUGCCCCUGUCCCUGCCAUCACCACACCAAACGCCAUUCACCGGACGUUCAACUCAGCUGCUCAGGCGACGAUUCUGGGACCGGAAGAUGUCUACGUGAAGAAGGGUAGCACGAUAAGCCUCACGUGCGAAGUGAAUGUGCGAAGUACACCUCCUAGUAGCGUUACUUGGUAUCAAGGAGGAGCCGUGCUAGAUUUUGAUAGUCCCAGGGGCGGCAUUUCCCUGGAGACGGAGAAAACGGAUACCGGAACGACAAGCAGACUACUGGUGACACAAGCCAGAUUGACCGACAGCGGAAAUUACACCUGCGUCCCUAGCAACGCGAAUCCAGCGAGCGUAAUGGUCCACGUGCUGAAUGGUGAACAUCCGGCGGCUAUGCAGCAUGGUGGAAGCUGCGGCAUGGCUCCGACCAUUCUACUCGCCAGCAUCACUCUCAUAAUUGCAAACCUGUUAAGGUGAGCAGCCGCGUCGUGAAU